AUGACCGAUGCUGAAGAACGACCGGUGGAUGGAGACCCAUCUCUCCAGUGGGAUACCUUCGACCUGCACAACCUCAGACCAGACUCAGUGGAGCGGCUGGACAUGUCUGUUGCAGACUGGCUUCAGAGAGAGCAGGAGCAGCUGGAGGAGGUGCAGGAGACUCUGGAGCGAGCCGCUGGGAUUAUACAGGAGGAAGAGGAAGUGCUGGCACAGGAAGUGGCCCUGGAUGAUCUGCUGCAUUCUGAGGAUCUGCACAGACACUGGCCACCAGUGUGGACUGAAGGACAGCAGUGCAGAGAAAUGUCAUCGAGGGAACUGUCUGAGGCUGGUGUGAUCGGACUGGACAAUGAUGAGCUUGAACAGUCUCUGAGCACUGCUGAUGUUGGAGAAGGAGGCCAUGAUGCUGCAUGUUUGUUGAGUAGAGGAUUGUUUACUUGUGGCAGACCUGCGCAGCUGGAAGCUGAUCCUCAUGUGGACAGAAGUGGGAUCCUCCGAGAGCUUGGAGAUCUUCAGCUUUUGGAGGAACAGAUCCUGGAGGAAUGUGUGAAGCUGGAGGAACUGCGGCGGCACACUGAAACUGAAGACCAGACCCUGGAAGUGCUGCAGUCAUGCACCAACGCUGAAGACCAGACUCUGGAGGAGAUUCAGCAGUGCACAGAGACUGAAGACCAGACCCUGGAGGAGAUUCAGCAGUGCACAGAGACUGAAGACCAGACCCUGGAGGAGCUGCGGCAGUGGACCAAAACUAAAAACAAGAGACCAGAGGAGUUGCAGUGGUGCAGUGAGACCAAAGACCAGACCCUGGAAGUGCUGCGGCUAUGCACUGAAACUGAAGACCAGACCGAAGACAAGAGGCUGGAGGAGAUACAGUGCAAUGAGACUGAAGACCAGACCCUGGAGGAGAUGCAGCAGUGCACCAAGACCGAAGACAAGAGGCUGGAGGAGAUACGGUGCAAUGAGACUGAAGACCAGACACUGGAGGAGAUGGAGAAGAGGAUGGGGAUUACAGGAGUGGGAAAGAAGAGCUUAGAGGUGGAGAAGAGCAGAUCAGCCAGACUCAUCAGAUGUUCAGCGAUGAAGAAUAGUUCACAGCAGAGAGAUGAGGAGAUGCUGAGUAGACUCCAGAGUCCAGAAACUGCUGACCCCACAGACCUGGAGCAGCUGGACUCUCCUGAUGGUUUACCUGAAUACGAGUGCAAUGGAGCUCCAGAAGCAGCAGGUCUCUCAGGUUCCAGUCUGGCCUCUGAGAUGUGGAGCGAGGCUGUGAGUCCUGCCUCUGAGUGCUGCUCUGAAGCCCUUUCUCACCGAGAACCCCUCAGCAGCUCAUCUGGCUCUCCAUCUGCAGUGUCUCCAUAUCCGCCUGACACCAGCACCAUCCGUCCUGAAGCAGCACAUCCUCUGGUGGGUAAGUCCUCCUCCUGGGAGCCCACAGAUACUGCUGUGGAUCUAAAGGAGCUGCAGGUCUGUGGUGUUCCUUCAGCCCUGGAGAGUAGUGAUGUGCGCAGUGAGUUUGAUCCUGGAGGUGUCCCGAUUGCUGCUCCACAGAACACUGUUCCUCUCACUGAUCCACAUGGCUCUCCUUCACUAGAGUUGGCCUCUGAACAAACACACACUGGAGCCCUGGAGGAGCCUGGGUCCUCCUCUACCUCAGAGCACACUGAAGAUGAUGAUCAUGAAGGUGAAGAUGAUGAUGGUGAAGAGCACACACAGAGCCGACCUGCAGGCCUGCACAUGCAGAACAACAACAACAACACCGCAGUGGUGCAGCGCUCGGAGCAGAGCCAGGAGAUGCAGACGCUGAGCUCCACAGCAGACGCUGGAGGAUUCAUGAGGAUCUGCACAUCUCCAGUUCAGCAGAUGCUGAUCAGCACAGCCACAACACAGAUGACUGAUUAUAAGACCCCCAUCGUUCUGGACUCAGGAUCUGGCUUGAUGAAGGCGGGCUUUGCGGAUCAGGACCUUCCAGCUGCAGUGUUUCCUACAGUCAUCGGCCGUCCCAAAUAUGAGGAGGUGAUGAACUCGUGUGUGGACAGAGAGCUGUAUGUGGGCCAUGAUGCGCAGCACAUGCGUGGCGUCCUGACCCUCAGGUAUCCCAUCAGGCACGGCGUGGUCAGCAACUGGGAUGAGAUGGAGAUGCUCUGGACUCAUGCGUUCCAGCUGCUGUCUGCGGCCCCCGAGGACCACCCGGUUCUGCUGACGGAAGCGGCUCUGAACCCUCUGCAGAACCGCCAGCGCAUGGUGGAGCUCAUGUUUGAGGCCUUCAGCGUCCCGCUCACCUUUGUGGCCGUUCAGGCCGUGCUGGCGCUCUACGCCUCUGGACGCACCACGGGGGUGGUGCUGGACUCAGGUGAUGGAGUCAGUCACAGUGUUCCAGUGUUUGAGGGUUACUGUCUGCCUCACGCCGUCCAGCGCCUCGACCUCGCCGGAGCAGAUGUCACACUGCAGCUGCAGAAGCUGCUGCUGGAGAGCGGUGUGUGUCUGCGCACCUCAGCGGAGCUGGAGAUUGUGCGGGAGAUGAAGGAGAGAUGCUGCUUUGUGUCUGUGGAUUAUGAAGCGGAGAUGAAGAGCUCCGACUCCGAGAUCCAGUACACACUCCCUGACGGACACACCGUCCCUCUGGCCAGCCAACGCUUCCGGGCUCCAGAAAUCCUCUUCAGGCCGGAGCUCAUCGGUCGGGAUCAUUAUGGUCUGCAUGAGAGCGUCUUCAGAUCCAUCCUGCAGUCUGACCUGGACCUGCGCCGCAGCUUUGUGGGAAACAUCCUGCUGUCAGGUGGGAACACGCUGUUGUCGGGUCUGGCGGAGCGGCUGCAGCUGGAGGUCCGGGCGCUGGUUCCUGUGGAUCUGAGCGCGUGUGUGCGGGUCUCCAGUCCUCCAGACAGAGAUUUCUCAGUGUGGAGCGGCGGAGCGGCGCUGGCCAGCCUGCCCGAGCAGCAGAGCGCCUGGAUCAGCGCCGCCGAGUACGAGGAGUUCGGGCCGCAGAUCGUCUUCAGGAAGUGCUUCUGAGCGCCGCUGACCUUUUAAACUCUUUUAACUCCUGUAUCCGGGUCUGCCUUCUGAUGGACUCUUUUAAGCUGGACAUGAGACGUGCUGCACUCGGACUCUGGUUGUAUCAAUCAGAGCGUCUGCGUCUCCAUCACAUCAACUCUAAUCAAUCAACUGUGUGUGUGUGUGUGUGUGUGUCUCUGUGUGUGUCUGUGUCUGUCUGUGGAACAUAACUAUGAGAUAUGAAUGUGGCCUUCACAGCGCUGAUGCUUCUCAUGAGGCCCACUCCAGUGUGUGUGUGUGUGUCAGAUCUGUUCCUCCAUCAUGAGUGUGUUUAGUGAAGUGUGUGUCAGAUCUGUUCCUCCAUUGAGCGUGUGCUUCCUCCUCUCCUCCUCUUCACCUCAGUGUGUGUGUGUGUUGUGUGUAUCUCACGUGCCUCUGUCUGCUUCACGGUCUUCACUCAGGUUGCGGUGUGUAUGAGUGUGUUUGUGUGUUUUCAGAGGAGGUUGUGAGCCGCGUGUGGAUGUGGAUCUGUCAGCUCUUUCUCAUGCUCUGGUUUAGGGGUUCAUGAACUGAUCAAGUCCCCCUUAGCUUUAGUGUGCGUGUGUGUGUGUGUGUGUUUCAUGUAUUUGCCUUGAGUGCACUGUGAUGUGCCGCAUGUUUAGCAUCAGCAUCUGUUAACUGGCUAAUGUCUGUACUUUUUUUAUAAUAAAUAUAUAUUUUAAA